AUUAGAUUUCUCAGAAAAAUCGUUUCGUUUCAAUCAGCUGUUUCUAAUCCACUCAAAACAAGAAAAAAAAACAAAAUAAUGCAUAUUUAUCAGCUAUUUGUUUAUAAUAAUGCAAGCACAUUUUCACAUGCGUACGAUAUAAUGCCGAAAAUUUAUCACAGCCAUACAGAUAGUUGUAUUUGUGCUGAUAAGGGAAAAUAAAUAGAAAUGAAAAGCUAUUGCAUUAAAUUACAAUCGACAAUCAUUAUUGGACAAUUAAUUUUUCAGUCGCUACGUGAGCCUCGUGACAUUAAGUUGUGAAAACAAGAUAUUUUUUUAAAAAAAAAAAAAAACUUAAAAAAUGACUUCCAGCGUCCCGGAGUGGAUUAAUGAAAGUUUUUUCGAAAAAGUUCUUCGUACAUCCAACGGCGACAAGAAUCUGAAUAUUUCAGAGUUCAACGUUGCACCGUCAAAUAACAGCCAAGAACAUUACGCGUCAACGAUCUUCAAGGCCACGGUCAAGUAUGCAAACAAGUUUAACUGUGAAGAAGUGACAAAGCUUCUCAUCAAACUGGUUGUACCCAAGGCCAUUGCAUUUUCGGAUGAGAAUUCUUUUGAUACCGAAUUGAACAUGUACUUAAGUACACUUCCGGAUUUACAGCGAUUGUUGAAUCAAAACGGUGAAAAUGUCCAAUUUGCACCCAAAUUACUAUAUUCAUCGAAAGAUCCUGUCCCACUCCUUGUACUUGAGGACGUCACAAUGAAUGGCUAUGAUAAUACAACAGGGCCAUUGGAUCUAUUUGGAAUAAAAUGUGUGACAUCAAAACUUGCAAAAUUCCAUGCAGCAUCGAUUUAUAUUGAUCGUGAUGUAAUGAUUCAAAAUUACCAUACGCACCUAUAUAGUUUUUCUCAUUUUAAGGGUAAAGAAGUUUCUUACUACAAAAAUGGUCUAUUUAAUUUGAAGUCACGUGAUGGACUUAAUUUUAUGAAAAAUAAUAUGUACUUGUUUGUUGAUGAGUUGAAGUCAUGGAGAGGAUAUGAUGAAUGUACAGACAAAAUGAAGAAUAUUGCAAAGAAAUUUGAAGAACUUGGUGAGAAAGUCUAUCAAGCUAAUCCAAGUGCUGAUGGAUUUAAUGUUCUGAAUCAUGGUGAUUUUUGUUACAAUAACAUGUUGUUUAAGAAGGAUGAUGAUGGUAAAGUCUGUGACGUCUUGUUUGUUGACUACCAAAUGACUAAAUGGGGAUCGCCAUGUAUUGAUCUUUAUUAUCUCCUUCAUCUUGUCGCAUCCAGAGAAGUUUCUGAGAAUCAUCGUGACGAAAUCAUCAGCUAUUACUAUGAGGAACUAGUUAAAUCAUUGAAAGAUAUUGGUUACAUGACAAAACCACCAAAUAUGCUUGAUUUAAACGUUGAAUUACUUAAAAAUGGAUUCUUGGAAGUGUUGAUUGCAGUUUGCUUCAUGCCAUUCAUGUUUAUGGAUCCAAAAAUUCAUGAUACUGAAUUAGCAUUUGAGAAUGGAAUUGAAGGACUGUUAUUGCGUCAAGAUUUAUAUCGAAAUCCCGAAUUCAAGACAUUCAUCAAAAAACUACUUCCCAAGUUUCUCCAUAAAGGCUUACUGUUCUGAGUUGUUUUUGAAUGAAAACCAUAAAAUUUAAGAAUUGCUUUGAUAUUUGCAAUUUGUUGUCAUUUAGCUAAUUUUAAAUCCGAUCAAUAAAAAUAUUUGGAACC